AUGGCAGAGACAAUGGAACAUGAAGUCGAUGUGAUAUGCCAAAAUGACGUUUCAUAUGGAUCGGCACCCCCAAACGACAUUGAUGUGCUGCCUGCUGGAAAGACCUGGAAUAUACUCCCACAUGCAAUCUUAAGAUUAUUGACCUAUAAUUCAAUUAACUCAUUUUAUCCUGUGGCUGGAAAUCUUCACGAAAAAGGUAUCAUUCACGAUCCUUAUUGUACUCUUUGUGGAGAUAAGCAUGAAACCCUCAUGCGUCUGUUUUUUGAGUGUGAAAGAGCUCACAAAAUCUGGAAGUUAGCUGCUGUUAGAUGGGAUUCUUCUGUGCUUAAUACUGACCAGUUUAAGAAUUGGUGGGUAAAUAUUUGUAAUGCCAAAAAAGGAGAUUGUUGGGAGGGUAGAAUAGAACUCACAGUUUAUAUGUUAUGGUGGCUAUGGAAAACACGAAAUUGUUGGAAUAAAAAAUUCUUAGAAAAGGUUAUUACUGAUAGAGCUAAGGAGGAUUGGUUGGAUUCUGUUUCUUUCCAUUUUAUAGCUCAAGAUGAUUGGGUAGAUCAGUGUGCUUGUUUAGCUUUGAAUGCAAUGGUGUCUUCUACUAGCCAUGAUUGGCUUGAUGUUUGUCCGGUUUGGUCCUGA